ACGGAAAUCCACUUGAUCGCACUACAUACAGUACCUUUUGAUCCUCGGUCCGCGCCGAAAGGCACUCCAAUUCGACGUCUCGUCCGGGUCCAUACCCGAGCCUCGGGCAAUUGCCGACGCUGCUUGGAAGUACAACGAACUAUAUCUCACAAUAACCAGCCCUGUUCCUACCAUCACCACCUUGCCCACACACUCCUCUGAAUCCAGGUUCAACAUGUCCGUCCCCGAAUACCAAGACACAGGCCCCAUCACCAUCCCCGAGUCCAUCGCGCCCACCAACUUGGCCGGGAAAUCGGUCAUCAUUACCGGAGGCGCCAGCGGGCUUGGGAGAGCGUAUGCGCAGGCUUUUGUCGAUCAUGGGGCUUUCGUUACUAUCGCCGAUUUGAACCCGGGCUUUGGAGCAAAGGCUGUUGAGGAAUUGGGAGCGAAGAAUGCCCAGUUCCUCCAAACCGACGUCCUCAACUGGGACCAGCUCGUGCAAGCCUUCGAAGCAGCGAUCAAGAACUCGCCGCGUCAGAGUCUCGACGUCGUGAUCGCCAAUGCAGGCAUCGUAGGACACGACGACAUUUUCACACUCGAGGAUCCCCAAGCUCCCCCCCGCAAACCCAACACCAAAAUCGUCGAACUCAACCUCACCGGCCUCCUCUACACCGUCAAACUCGCCUUCCACUACUUCCGGCGCCAGCCCGCCGCCGCCCCCUACGACCGCUGCCUCAUCUUGAAGUCCAGUCUGGCGGGCUAUGUUGACUUGCCCGGCUCGAUUCAGUACAAUGCUUCCAAGUUUGGGGUCAGGGGCGUUAUGCGGAGUUUGCGCAGGACGGCGUGGAGGGAGGGGUGGAGGGUUAAUCUUGUUGCGCCUUGGUAUAUUCGAACGGCAGCGCUGUCGCAAGCCGUGCAGGAUUAUCUCGACGGCAAGGGGAUUGGUUUUGCUCUUGCGGAGGAUAGCGCGCGGGCGAUGUUGCUCAUUGCAUCUGAUGAGAAGAUCAACGGUCGUGCGUUGGGGGUCGUCUCCCGGCAACAGAAUAAGCUUGGAGUCAUUGAUCUUGACUUGGACGACUAUCCGGCUGGAAACAUGUACAAUGACUGGCAGAAGAUUGUGUUGGAUACCGCGGGCAUUCUGGUGGAAUAGCGUGGGUGCUGAACAUAUGCAAAUAUUCCUGUA